GGCGAGGCUCAGAGCCUGUUGGGCCCGCAGCUUCCGAAGCUUCGCUGCUGUAGGUUCUGCCACUCAGCUGAACCAGCGCAGAAAACCAGCGCCAUGGCGAUGACCUUGGGGUACUGGAACAUCCGCGGGCUGGCUCAUGCCAUCCGCCUGUUCCUGGAAUACACCGGCUCAAACUAUGUGGAAAAGCUGUACUCCAUGGGCGACGCACCUGACUAUGACAGAAGCCAGUGGCUGGAUGAAAAAUUCAAGCUGGGCCUCGAUUUCCCCAAUCUGCCCUACUUAAUCGAUGGGGCUUGCAGGAUCACCCAGAGCAAUGCCAUCCUUCGCUACCUGGCUCGCAAGCACAACCUGUGUGGAGAGACAGAAGAGGAGCAGAUUCGCAUGGACAUCUUGGAGAACCAGACUAUGGACACCUUUAUGCAAAUGGCCCGGGUGUGCUACAGCCCUGACUUUGAGAAACUGAAGCCGGACUACUUGAAGGGACUCCCUGAUACACUGAAGCAGUUCUCGCAGUUUCUGGGGAAGAGGCCCUGGUUUGCAGGGGACAAGCUCACCUAUGUGGACUUCCUGGCUUAUGAUCUCUUCGACAAGCUCCGCAUGUUCGAGCCCCCGUGCCUGGAUGCGUUCCCCAACCUGCAGGACUUCGUGGCCCGCUUUGAGGGUCUGAAGAACAUUCCUGCCUACAUGAAGUCCAGCCGCUACAUUGCCCGCCCUUUGUUUCUGAAACUUGCCGUGUGGGGUAACAAAUAAGCAUGGGGCCGGACGCCUGGCCCCGGGAAGCCCAUCCAGGGCCAUGGCUAGAGCGGCCCCAGAGCCAGCAGUUGGGCUUUUCCACGCUUUCCUUCCACCAUCUUUGAUGCCUCCCAACGUUGGCCCAGGCCCUUCAGGGCUUCUGCUGUCCUCCACCCAGGAGUCUCUUGCCCACCCCCACCCUCCUUCCGUAGUGGCCAGGAGCCUGGUCUGGAUUCCAGCCUUGGACUAUGGCCCUGAGCUCGCAGCACUGCCCGGGGGCCGGCGUUGGUGUGGUGGGUGGCCCUGCGGUGAGGGGACGCCCUACUUCCCAUCAGGCCACAGUAAUUGUCUUCUCUUAUUUUUCUUAUUUUUCAAUUUGGUUUGGGGGCCUUACCUGGAGAUGGGUCGCUGUGGGGUGUAGGUGAUGUGUGUGGGAGCGAGGGAGCUGCUCCUGCCUCUCUACUGUCAAGAUGUGGUGGGGGGAGGGGGCGCGGGCAUCUGGACCAGGAUCUCCCAUAUUCAGGACAAGUUAUCUUUGUCUCCAUACUGCCUUCCUGGGCCAGUUUUAUCUUACCUCCUCAUGCUACUUGGUCUCAGGACAGACUGUGCAAGGGUUGGGGUUCCAGUUGUCUGUUCUAUGUCCAUGGCAGGGACUGGCUGGUUGGGAGUGUGCGUACAUCUAUGUGGGGGAGGUGGGCAGGGAGGAUUGCCAGCUUCUUGCUCAUUUCUCUCUGCCUCACUCCCCUCUGUUUCCUGGCAUGGAAUCUCUUAAGAUGGGGUGCCCUUGUGUGCCUGAGUCCCUCCUUAUGCCCAUCUAUAUAAUGCCUCCUCUCAGCUGCAGGCUUGUUACAGGUUAGAGGGGCUCUGGGUUAGUGGAAAAGUGGGGUGGGAUCAUGUGGAACCCUGGGGAACUAGCCAUCCCGGAAUCUUAGUCCACUUUACACAUGAUUCCUCUGUGUUCUUAUGACACAUCU